AUGGAUAAUUUAUCUGAUUUGCCAAGUUUAUUAACUAAUAGAUAUAAAAAAGUUUAUCUAUAUUGUAGAACAUGUAAAGAAUUGGAAAAAGAUCAUUUUACUCAAGUUGAAAUUAAGAUUG